ACACUUAACAAAUAAAUUGAUUGCCGAGUUAUACAAAACAUUAGACGAGGGUAGUCGGUUAUGUUUUGUUGUCUAGAACUAAAUAUCGCGGUCAAAAAAUGGCCAUGCGAUUUCUAUGGAAAACAACAGCCACUUUAAUGGCGGCAACUACCGCCGUCGUAGGAGGAACUGCCGGUGCAACAAUCAUAACUUCCGAUGAUCCUGCAUCGACUUGUAAGCUAUGGACUAAUGUUCCUGUUCGCCUCUUUCGCGAUUCUCUCACCGCCGCUAGUAUCGCUUUUGAUUAUGAAUAUUCACUGCAGGGAUUAACCGAAGGGAGUAGUGAAUAUUCUAAAGUGAAACAUGACGUUCAUCUUAGAAGUGCACAGAAGCUUCAAGAUCUAUGUUUCAGAAAUGGAGGAAUAUAUAUUAAGCUUGGUCAACAUAUUAGUCAAUUGGAGUAUUUGGUGCCUGAAGAGUAUGUUAAAACAAUGAGGGAGUCUAUGUUGAAUAGGUGUCCAGUUUCUUCAUAUGAUCAAGUGUGUGAUGUCAUUAAGAAGGAGCUUGGAGGGGCACCAGAUGAAAUUUUCUCCAAAUUUGAUCCUGUUCCCAUAGCAAGUGCUUCCCUUGCACAAGUUCAUGUUGCACAUUUGCGUGAUGGCCAAAAAGUUGCUGUGAAGGUGCAACACACUCACAUGACCGAUACUGCUGCUGCAGAUUAUGCAACUGUGGAGUUGAUUGUAAACACUCUGCAUCGGCUGUUUCCCAAUUUUGAUUAUAGGUGGUUGAUUGCUGAGGUCCGUGAGAGUUUGCCUAAGGAACUGGACUUCUUGGUGGAGGCGCAGAAUAGCCAAAAAUGUUUGCAUAAUUUCUGUAAACUAUCACCACAUAUAGCAGAAAAUAUACAUGUUCCAUUGGUAUACUGGAACUUGAGCACCUCCAAAUUGUUAACAAUGGAGUUCAUGGAUGGUGUGCAAGUUAAUGACGUGAAGGGUAUUCAGAAGAUGGGAAUUCAACCAUCUGAUGUUUCUAGACUGCUUAGUGAAGCAUUUGCUGAGAUGAUUUACAAACAUGGAUUUGUGCACUGUGAUCCACAUGCAGCUAAUUUGCUGGUGCGUCCAUUGCCAUCAAGCAAAAGAAAUAUUUUGGGGACAAGAAAACCGCAGUUGGUACUUUUGGACCAUGGUCUAUACAAAGAACUUGAUUUUGAUACCAGAAUCAACUAUGCUGCAUUAUGGAAGGGCUUGGUCUUUUCUGAUGCAAAGGCUAUAAAAGAAUAUAGCGCAAAGCUGGGAGCUGGGGAUGAUCUUUAUGCGCUGUUUGCAGGUAUUCUAACCAUGAGGCCUUGGAAUAGGGUUAUAGAUACUUCAGUUGAUCAUUUGGUGGUAAAAGGAACAGAAGAUGAUCGAUCUGAACUACGGAUGUAUGCAUCUCUGUACUUCCCUCAAAUUUCAGAACUUUUAAGGAGGUUGCCUCGUGUGAUCUUGCUAAUGCUGAAGACCAAUGAUUGCUUACGUGCUGUCAAUAAUGAUUUGUUGCAAGGAUCGUCCUUGGAUACAUUCUUUAUCAUAGGUAGAGUUUCAUCAGAAGCCGUCAUUCAAGCAAAGUUAUCAAAGAAAAAAUCUUUACUAGCACGGCUAACUGCUUGGCUAGAGGAGAUCAUUUUACGAGCUCGACUACUGGGGAUGCACAUAGGCAUAUGGUUACUGCACAUACAAAAGUUGCUGCUGCAUGUAAAGGCUUUGAGCUACUGAAUACAGCUUUCUAAUCAUACUCUGUAAGCAUUCUACUUUUUGAUCCCAGUCAUUCAAUCAUACUCCAUUCUUUUGUGGCUCUAGCCACUAGCACAUUAUUUUGUUGUUGGAAAUUCAAACUGCCGGAGCAAACUGGUUCGGACAAUUGUUGGACUAAAUUUCCCAACCAAUGAUUUUUUCUAUUCGGGAUAUUAUUGAAGAAUCACCUACAGGCAAGGAGAAAAGGAAAUAUAUCCUUACCAUAGGGGGUGAGAAUCGAACUUUUUGUGAUCAGUAAUAACAAUUGGAGCAUAUAACAAUAUCAUUCAUUUUUUUGACAAUUAUGAACAAAUUGCUUUAUCGUUCCGUCUUGUAUGAGACCGUCUCACGGUGAGGUGACCUCAAAACAAAAAGACCAUAAGUUAAAAGUUUCUAUAAUUGGGCUAUUUAACCCAAAUAUGAGGCAUGUCUCACGGUGAGACCGUCUCAUACAGGAAUUUGUGUUCCUUUAUAAUUGGAAAGAUGGCUUCUUACAUUGUAAUAGUGUAAUACAUUGACAUUGUUGUCAUAAGUAGAAAGCACAUGUACCAACUUUUUAGCUACCAUUGCUAUAAAAAUUGGGCCUAGAAGUUUGGUGUGAUAUUGACAGAUAUCUGCCCAAGAAUUAUUUCCUGACAAA